UUCUCCCUCGCUCUCUUCUCUUCUAUCUCCCUCUGCGUUUUCAACGAGCUAAGAUGGUUCAACAAAUGCUAGACUCUAAAUUCAGUGAACUUGGACUCCUGAAUCCAGAGAAUAACUCGCCCGCUUGUGAUAAGCAACAUUCAGUUGGUACAAAGAAGACACCAUUGAGAGAUCUCCAGAACGAAAAUAGAAUUGUGCCCAACUCCACGGGAAGCUCCCCAUUUCCUAAAGAUAGAGGAACUUGUAUUGAUCCUAUCAAGGUUUCUGGAACUAAGAGAGCGUCUCCUGAAUGCCCACUGAGCCCCUCGCAAUGCCAGUCUCACAGCAAUACGGCAGCAAACAGGCACCUUGUCUCUGUCCGGAGAAAAUGCGAAGCUGAAUUGGGCAAAAACAGUGCUUUUGACUGUAUCGGCACGAGUAAUUGCCAACAGAUGAGGCAAGUCACACAACUGGAGGAAAUUAAACAACUAAAAUCCCUAAUAAAGGAUUCAAAAGUUUCUUGUUUUCCAGAAUUCGCACCACAUCCGAUGGCAUCCUUGACGAGUUCAUCUACCAAACCUUUAGUACCGUUACCUAUUGGGAAGUCUGCUACAAAGUUAACACCCUUAGAAUCCAAUCAACAUCCCGUUGUUGCUGCUUCCCCUUUGUUCGAUAGCCCAAAAGGAAUUAAAAAACUUCAUUGGGAAGAGCUAUAUUAUCAAUUGCAGAUGCGGCUGAAAAAGUUGGACCAAUCCAAUCAAGAGGAUUAUACCGAGAUGCUUCAGUGUUUUUCCGCAGUUGAACUCAGCAGAUAUGCUGUUGAGCUGGAAAAAAGAUCAAUUCAGCUCUCACUGGAGGAAGCGAAAGAGUUGCAGCGUGUCGGCAUUUUAAAUGUCCUUGGAAAAACUACGAAGAUGGAUAAAGCACCCUUAACUAAAUCAGAUCAAUCAUGCAAAUGAAAGGGCUUUGAUUACAAGGCAGUAAGUGUUGUAAAAGUUGUAGCCCGUCCUUGGAGAGUUGAUGCACGAACUUUUAUACGUGUUUUGUUCAUUCAUCCUAGGUAUUUUUCCGCAGUUGUCACUGUGGUUGUGACUAUCUGGAAUUUUACUGUAGUUUUCAACUCUGAUUAUCUUCUGUAUAUUUUUCUUACCCAAAACUAUGGGAUGGUCUUGAAUUCCA